GUCAUCUCAUUUUCCUUUUCACGCCCACUCACUCACCCGCCGCCCCCGCCGCCGCCAUCCCCUCCUUGCCGUCUCCGGGCACGGCCUCGUCAAUCCUUUGCUCCUCCUCCGCCGCAGCCGCUGCCAUGGACUCCACGCCGGCGCCCGAGGCGGCUCCCGGAGCCUCCUCUUCCGCCACCGCCGCUGCCGAGGAUCUGGCGGGGGGCGUGGCGGCGAUGACCCUGGAUGAGCGGUUCGCUCUGCUGCGGGGGAUCGGGGAGGAGUGCAUCCAGGAGGACGAGCUCAGGCGCCUGCUCGAGAACAAGCCCGUGCCCAUCUGCUACGACGGCUUCGAGCCCUCCGGACGCAUGCACAUCGCCCAGGGCAUUGUGAAGACCAUCAACGUCAACAAGAUGGUCAGGGCCGGGUGCAAGGUGAAAAUCUGGAUUGCCGACUGGUUCGCGCAGCUCAACAACAAGAUGGGAGGCGACCUCAAGAAAAUCCAGACAGUCGGGCGCUACAUGAUCGAGAUUUGGAAGGCGGCCGGGAUGAACCUCGACGGGGUGGAGUUCCUGUGGUCCUCCGAGGAGAUCAACCGGCGCGCCCACGAGUACUGGCCAAUCGUGAUGGACAUUGCCCGGAAAAACAACGUCAAACGGAUAACGAGAUGCUGCCAAAUUAUGGGCAGAAGUGACCAGGACGACUUGACUGCUGCCCAGAUUUUCUACCCUUGCAUGCAAUGUGCUGAUAUAUUUUUCUUGAAGGCUGACAUAUGCCAAUUGGGGAUGGACCAAAGGAAGGUCAAUGUGCUAGCUAGGGAGUACUGUGAUUACAUCAAAAGGAAGAACAAACCAAUUAUUCUUUCACAUCAUAUGCUCCCUGGUUUUAAAGAAGGCCAGGAGAAAAUGUCAAAGAGUGACCCAUCCUCGGCUAUCUUUAUGGAAGAUGACGAGGCCCAAGUUAAUGUGAAGAUAAAGCAAGCAUUUUGCCCUCCCAAAAUUGUUGAGGGGAAUCCUUGUUUGGAGUACAUUAAAUACAUCGUUUUCCCUUGGUUUGGAAGGUUUGAGGUGGCCCGGAAGGAAAGCAAUGGCGGUAACAAGACAUUUACAAGCAUGGAUGAACUAAUUUCUGAUUAUGAGACUGGUGCUUUGCAUCCUGCUGAUGUCAAACCUGCACUGGCAAAAGCAAUAAAUGAAAUUUUGCAGCCUGUUCGUGACCACUUCAACAACAAUAACGAAGCCAAAGUUCUACUAAACACUGUCAAGAAGUACAGAGUAACCAGUUGAGGAGCGGAAGGUGUUCAUCUUUAGGGUGAAUGUCGCUGAUUGAAAUUCUUCUAUGCUUAUUCUGUUACUAAUGCCACCACUCAUUUUAGAUCAAGCAUUGAGCCAUUGGUUAUCAGUGUACAAUCUCUCUAUACAGGCAUUUUGGUGGCAGUGGCCUUGUCUGUCAUUGGCUACAACGUUCUAGAUAAAAAAACAUUUAAAUUUUGUGGAAGUUGAAUUAUCUUCUCAUGUGUGUAUGACUGUAUGUGAGACUGGUUGAAAGUGCAAGCGACAAGGCAUAUAUGGCCGAG